AUGAGCCUUGGAGUCUGGAGCCUUCUUUUGGCUGUGAGUGCAUGGCCAAUCCCUUGCAAUGGCCAAAGCUGCCUGCUGCAACACAAGACCGGCACGGAGACCACACACCAGACAUACGAGGCUCAGACGCAGGUUGGCAUGGAACUGGUCGUGCCGAUUUACCAGUGGCCGGCACCGCUGGCUGGGUCUAUGUACGAACAAGUGGCAACGUCGUCGGCGCGCACAACUGCGAUCAUCAAUCCAGGCAAUGGACUAGCAAACCAAUGCCAAGGUUCCUUGCCUUUGGACCCCGUGUGGAGACCUGUAGUCACCCUGUUUGAUGGCAACCCGCUCGCACGCACAAUUGGGUACGUGUACAGUCAGUGGGGCAGCCACUCUUUGGCCGUGGUCAAGCAAUCCAUCGACAACUACUUCGCCUGCUUCAAUGUCUCAGGGAUCUUUGUAGACGAAACUGCCACAGAUCCCAGCCAAUGCAAUGGCAAUGAUGCUUACUACGACCAACUCUACGCCUAUGUGAAGAGCAAGGACCCUACUGCCGAGGUCAUGUGCAACCCUGGCACAGGCUUCGACUAUGGGUCUUGGAAGCACUGCUGCGAUCGAGGAAUGGUUGUCGAAGUGUCGCUGAACUCCUUCACCAGCGGCUUUAAGGAUCCCAGCCCUUUCACAGGCCCGACGCCGUACCCUCCUGGCUUUGCCGUGGUGCUUGUCUAUGGGGUGCCUGGAGUGGCAGAGAUGCAGCAAGUGGUACGCCGGGCAGCAUGCCGCAAUUUCACGGAUGCAGACGGGAUAUGGGUAUUGGAAGAGGGCGGCAAUGGAGUUCUGCCAGGAUACACGACGAUGCCGAGCUAUUUUGCACAGCAGGUGGACUUCGUAAAGAGCGCGAUAGCGCCAGAGUGCCCACCGCCUCCUGCCCCACCAAUUUACACCCAAGCCCCCACCGGGGGAAGUUGUUGGUUCAAUCCCAAUGACCUCAACUGCGAGAUUUGCUACCCUGGCUACAACCAGUGCUCUUGGCAGGGAUGUUCCUUGGCUCUGACCCAGCGGCCGCGUGCAGCCCUGCGGGAUUGUGAUGCCGCGCUUGCGGUGAACCCGGACUCCGGGAAGGCUUACAAAACCCGCGGGCGUGCUCACAUGCAGAUGGAAGACUGGACGAAGGCGCAGGCAGAUUUCCGAGAAGGCCUUCGGAUUGACUUCGACGAGGCCACGGAGGCGGAGGCUCAGGCCGCAGGCCAGAAGCUGGAAGAGCAGGCGGCGGCCGCGCGCCAGCGCUGGGAAGUCACAGGCGGUGCUGAAAGAGGAGGCGUCGUGGUGCGGCAGGGCAUGGAGCUGAAAUCUCCUGAGGCAGCCUCGCGCUUGUCCACCGGAGCGAUAGUGGAGGAGCUCGAGCUCGUCGGCGAGCGCCUCCGAUACCGGCGGCUCACGGGCACGGGUCCAGACGAGGGCUGGAUCAGCAUCACGUUGAAGGACAAAGUUCUCGCGUGUCGCGUCUCCUCGGCAUCCGCCGAAGCGGCAGAGGAGGAGGAGGAGGAGGUGCGGGAAGAGGAGCCGUUUCCUGCCAUGGCUCCAGACAGCGUCCAGGAGUUGGACGAUGACUUGGCCGAUCGCCAGGCGGAGCUCAAGGCUGAGGCGGCUGAAGCCAUGGAGGCAGAGAACUUGGAUUUGGCUUUGUCAAAGCUGACGGAG